UAAAUAAUCUGAAGAUAUAUACAGUGUAUACGAUAAUUACGUGUUUUCUAUGAUACGCACAAACUAUUAGAAUUCAUUGCACGAACAUUUUUUGGGCGUUUCAAAACGGUGCUUUAUCGUGCAGUGCACGGAGUCUUGAUAAUCUUGAUUUAUGAUUACGAGCUAUCAUAAUAUUUUUCCGAAUUUCAUUGGCGACUAACUGUCAACUGUCAGUUACAAGACAUUUAAUGACAUAUUCUUGUUUAUUUUGAUAUAAUGUUACAAUUAGAAAAAUGCUAUGGCGGCCUCAGGAUCACAUAAUGGGGAUGCAGAGACUGAAAGCGAUAAGUUUGAAGUAUCAAAGAUUGAUAGACACGGUUUCCUUCAUGAUUCCAACUGUAGUUCUGAAAGCCUUGGAAGACAUGGAAUACCACCUGAGAUAAUGCUACGAAGAGAACGAAAAUGGAUACAGAUGUUAAACAAUUGGAGUUAUUUUAUGAAUAGAAACUAUCGCAAAGUCAGAGAAAGAUGUAGAAAGGGUAUUCCACCUUCUGUAAGACUUCGUGCAUGGUUAAAUCUCUGUGGAGGCCAAUUGUUAAUGGAUACAAACCCAAAUUUAUUUGAAGAACUGGUAGAAAGGUCUGGUGAUCCAAAAUAUAUAGAUGAUAUAAAAAAAGAUCUUCAUCGACAAUUUCCUCAUCAUGUGAUGUUUAUCGGAGAAGCUCCAGGACAAGAAGAACUCUUCAAAGUGUUAAAGGCAUAUUCAAUUUUGAAUAGCAAAGUUGGUUAUUGUCAAGCUCAAGCACCUAUAGCAGCAUUUUUACUGAUGCAUAUGCCAGCUGUACAAGCAUUUUGGUGUCUUGUUGCGAUAUGUGAUAAAUAUUUAUUCGGUUAUUAUAGUCAAGGAAUGGAAACAUUAUUAAGAGAUGGAGAUAUUUUAUUUGCCCUCCUGAAAAGAGUAUCUCCUAUCGCUUAUAAACACUUGAAAAAACAGAAGAUGGAUCCAAUUUUGUACAUGACCGAAUGGUUCUUAUGUGUGUAUACACGAACACUGCCAUGGGAAAGUAUUCUACGAGUGUGGGAUAUGUUUCUGUGCGAAGGCGUAAAAAUUAUUUUUAAAGUUGGUUUAGUUUUGUUGAAGGGUAGCUUAGGUCGUACAUCUCUUACUAAACGUUGUCCAACGGUUUAUGAAACGCUCCAAUUAUUAAGAAAUCCUCCUCAACAUAUUAUGGAAGAAGAAGCUUUAGUGUAUCAGAUUCGAAAAUUAAAUCUGACCGAAGAAGAUUUUGAAUACGAGCAUCGGCGUCAAGUAUUAAAACGGGAAGCGGCAGAACAAGCAUCUCUUUCCACUGCUAAUCGGACAGACUGACUAAAAAAGUAGGUAGCAUGUAAUAUGAGUAAAGAGCUUACAGGUAUUACUCCAGAGUGUGCCUUCCUCUCUAUAUUCUUCAUAUUGUACAGUUCACAACAUUUAUAUAGCUAUACUUUUACAAGAAUACCUAAUUUCUUUAUUGCAAAUUUAGAUAAUUCUUAAAUAGAAUCGCACACGUAUACAUUCCCUUGAAUAGAUCAAAAUAAAUUAUAUGUCUAUAGUUUUAUUACUAAACUAUGAUUACAAAAAUGCACAAUACUUGUAGAUGUUUAUAGUAGCAAUUAAUGUUGUAUUAUUUAAUACACAAGGCGUCUGGCUACAGAUGGGCAUCCUUUGAGUUGGCGGUAGCUAGGGUAACUCUGAACAACUUUUUCCGUUACGCGGUAUCUGAGCUCCGAUUGAUGGUAGGGGUUUUUCGGUAAAGGAAAAAGUUAUUCGAAAUCACCCCAGCUACCGCCUCUCAAACGGUACCUACCUGUAAUUGAACACCCGGUACGUCUAGUUAUUAGUUAACUUUAUACAAUUCUAUUAAUAUUUAUGUACAAAAGAAAACUGUAAGACAUUACAUAUUACAUUUUCUAAGAAUAAAGUUUAGUAUAUUAUAAUGUUA